UCCCUCCCCUCAGCACGGCCGCCAUUUCGGGAGCUGUGCGCGGGCGCGCGGCGCCCCCUGGCGGCCCCGGGGCCAGCCCGUCCCGUCCCGGCGGCCAUGAAGUCCGUGUUCGUCACCGUGGGCACCACCAGCUUCGACGAGCUGAUCGCCACAGCCAGCUCCCCGCCCGCGCUACAGGCGCUGCAGAGCCGCGGGUACCAGAAGCUGGUGCUGCAGGUGGGCCGGGGCUCGCUGCCGCAGCCCAGCAGCAGCCCGGCCGUGGCGGUGGAAGCGUUCCGAUUCAAGGACUCGCUGGCUGAGGACCUGCAGGGAGCAGACCUGGUCAUCAGCCACGCAGGUGCUGGUAGCUGCCUGGAGACUCUAGAGAAAGGAAAACCACUAAUAGUAGUAAUAAAUGACAAGCUGAUGAACAACCAUCAGCUUGAGCUGGCCAAACAGCUGCACAGAGAUGGCUAUGUCCUCUACUGUAACUGCAGCACUCUUGUGAAGACGCUGCAGUCGAUGGACUUGUCAGCUUUGAAACCUUUUCCUCCUGGACAGCCAGAAAAGUUUGCUUCAUUCUUGGAUAAAGUUUUUGGGUUACAAUAAACAAAACACAGAAAUAAAAAAGUUGGAAUAAAA